CAGAGAAGCGCCGCGAACGCGUCCAUCUGCACGCCACUCCCGCAACCUCACACAUCUUACUUGCAGUGAAUUUGCAGUGAACAUGAGUGCGAUGGAAACAGACGAGCUGCCUGUUGUGCUCCCGUCGAGCACGUCAUCCGGUCUCUCAAUAGCUUUGCAUCCUCUGCCCAUCCUCAACAUAUCGGAACACCUCACGCGUCUCAAGCUUCAGACAAGAUCCAACAAUCCUUUCGUCAUCGGGGCAUUAUUGGGGACACAGAAUGGACGCGAUGUAGAGAUCGUGAACACGUUCGAGCUCGCCAUGUCAGACGACGAUGCCACGGUCGAACAGAACUUUCUUCUGGAUCGUAAAGAGCAGUACAAGCAAGUCUUUCCGUCUCUCGAAUUCAUCGGGUGGUACACGGUCGCACCACGACCGACGGCGCAGCACAUUGCCCUACAUGAACAGUUCUUGCCGUACAGCGCGACACCACUUCUUCUCAUCCUCCAGCCCUCUACUGUGUUCGCCGCAUCGCCCGACCUCACCGCACAAUCUCUCCCUCUCAAAGCAUACGAACCGACAAUAGAUUUCCGCGGCCGCAAAUCUCGUUCUGUUUUCAUUGAGGCACUAUUCACCGUCGAGACCGGAGAAGCUGAACGGAUCGCUGUGGACUGGACGGCGAAGGGUGGCGAGGGCGACAAUAGCCUGCAGUCGCAUCUAAGUUCACAGCGUGCCGCCGUAAAGAUGUUGCACGACAGAAUCGUCCUAUUGGUCAAGUACGUCUCUGACGUCUUGGCAGGACAAGCGACCAAAGACCACUCAACACUACGCGCUCUUUCGGCUCUUGUCGCCUCGCUGCCUGCAAGCGACCACAAGGGGUUCCGAGAGGAGUUUGAUAUCGAAUACGAGGACGUCCAGCUCACGGCGUAUCUCUCCGCGCUGACCAAGUCCGCCAGCCUCCUGAAUGAUCUGGUGGACAAGCACGUCGUGCUUACCGCAACGCGCGAGGAGCGUCACGUUGGUCCGGGCGGCCCACGGCGUCGCGGCAUGCCCGGUAUGGGGGUGAUGGGCAUGGGGGUGGACAGGCUCGCAGACUGGCGGAGCUUCCAUUGAGUUGCUCCGGGGUCUUUUCAUCCCACCAUAGCUUCGCGCCCGCCGGUGUCCGGAAUUGAAACCGUUCCUUGCUGUAUCAUCCGCUGUGCUAUUGUAUCAGUAUGUCUGUUGUCGGUUUACACUGUGUGACGGAUCAACGUCCGCGAAUGCUCUCCUCGAGGCAGCCUCCUUGCAGCAC